AUGGCGAGGAACCAACAUUGUGCCCCGGGCAAACGUACAUGUCUGUGUGUACCAUCGACGGCCCUCCAACACACCCUCGUCGACAACCUACCCUAUGAUGUCCUGGAGAACAUCUUCACGCGGCUGCCAGUAAAGUCGGCCGCCCACUGCCGCUGCCUCUCCCGCUCGUGGGCCUCCGCCGACUUUGUCCAUGCCUACCGUCACCUCGCCAAUGACGACGGCGGGCCCUGCUUCUUCUUCCUCCCGAACAGAACAGUAGUAAUCUGCAGGGCCGUUUGGACCACCACGUGCACGGCAUACGCUUGGUCCUUCAGGCGUCCCGGCGAUGACGAGGCGUUGCCGCUGCUCGGGGUCCUACCCAAGAACUGGGCCAUCUCGGGACGGGGCUGCGUCACCCGUCCAUGCCACGGGCUCGUCGUCGUCGAGAUCCGGGACGAGAAUUACCGCCAGGUGUACUAUUGCGUGCACAACCCCUCUACCUGCCAGCUGGUGCCGCUCCCGGACCGCUGCUUAACGGGGCGCCGUUGGUCAAAUUCAUGGACGGAUAACUAUCGCUUCACGAUCUAUGAGACCCUCAGGCUCGGCUACGAUGCCCGCAGCCAAAAGUACGAGGUGGUGCGGGUCCAUUACCGCGGGUUGCCACCGGAUUCAGAGAUGAUGAAAGAACGCAAAGGCUUGCUCCCGAUCGUCUGCGAAAUCUACAUGGUGAACGACUCCAUGGCCGGGUUCUGGCGGGUACCGGCAGCGCGUGGUGGAGCCGGGGCAAAGGUUCCAGCAGGGUGGGUGAGCUCUUACGAGCCGAGCGUCUACGCACAGGGCCACGUGCACUGGCCGGCUCAGAAGCAGAAGCCAAAGAGGCACCCGCCCUAG